AAACCACAGACACUCUCGACUGUAACACAACACAAACACACGAAUCACACUAUAAUUAAUGCCGAUAAUGCAGACUACCAUGUUACUUUCAGUGAUGGUAACUAUAAAACCCAAUUCAUUGAGAUGUCAGCCAUAGGUUUGGGUGGUUUUGGGACUGUAUUUAAAGUAAGGCAUAGAUUGGAUGAUAAGAUAUAUGCCGUUAAAAGAGUACAAUUUGGGGAUUUUAGUGAAGAAAAGAAACAAAAAGUAUUAAAAGAAGUGAAAAGUUUGGCAAAACUGGACUCAAAUUUUGUAGUCAAGUAUUACAACUCAUGGCUUGAGUCCAAUCAUCUCUUCAUUCAAAUGGAGUUCUGUUCACAAAAUCUCAAAUCUGUUCUCAAAGACAAACCCAUUGUCUUCGAGAGACAACCGGAAGAAGAGAUGAAUGUCUUUGAGUUUUUCAUUUCAUGUGAAAUAUUUAAACAACUCUUAGAAUGCGUUGAAUAUCUUCAUGAAUCAAAUCCACGAGUCAUUCAUCGGGAUCUCAAACCCGACAACAUUUUAAUUAAUCCCAACUUUAAGUGCAAUCGUUGUGUAAAACUGUGUGACUUUGGUUUAGCCACCGAACACGACCCCCAACUUCCCACUCCGCGCCGAUACGAGCACUCAUUUGUGGGCACUUUGAGAUAUAUCGCACCCGAAGUAUACACUCGUAGGAAAUAUAACCACAAAUCAGACAUUUAUAGUCUCUCUCUAAUCGGCGAAGAGAUCUUUAACGUAGAUUUACAGCCG